AUGCUCCCUGACCCCAUAUUUGCCAACGUAGCCUUGGUAACCCCCAAGAAGGAACUCCAACGUCAAAUUGAAGCCGCCCUAGAUCAGGACAAAUCACUGGAGGAAAUAUUACAAUUCCUCCAGAACAAGUCUAAGGCACCUCCGACGGACCUACUCCACAUCUUCCAUGACAGCCCCUUGGCAGGACACCCAGGAAGACAACAAACCCUAGAGUUGGUAUCAAGGGAUUACUACUGGCCCGGGAUCUGUGCUGACACAUACUGGCACGUGGACUCCUGCAAAACAUGUCAACGGAUAAGGAAGCCAAAAUAUGCAUCAAUACCGCCCCAACCCCUUGAGCUUCCUAGCAGACCAUGGCAACACGUAUCCUACAACAUGAUAGUGGACCUGCCCAGGGAUGGAAUUUGCAACUCAAUCCUGGUUAUUGUUGACAGCUUCACCAAGUACGGUAUUUUUGUCAAAUGCUCCAAAAAGCUCAAAGCACCCAAGCUAGCAGAAUUGUUCCUGGAACACGUGUGGAAAUGGCAUGGGAUGCCUGAAAAAACGGUCUUGGAUAGGGGAAGGGUCUUCAACAACAAGUUCCUGAAAGCUCUAUACAAACGCCUGGGAAUAGACCCCCACUUCUCUUUGGCUUAUCAUCCUCAGAGUGACGGUCAGACGGAACGGGUAAACCCCUCAAUAGAACAUUUCCUUAGAGCAUACUCAGGGGUUAACCAGAGGGACUGGACCAAAUGGCUCCCCAUGGCAGAAUUUGCGUACAACAACGCAGUACAUGGCAGUACAGGGAAAACACCGUUCAAAGCCCUUUAUGGCUGGGAACCCACCUUGACAUUGUCCAACGUUCCAACAGAUGUACCAGAAGCCAAUGACCUUGCCGCAACAAUGGAAGCACAAUGGAAAGAAGUUGAAGCCGCCCUCCGGCAAUCCAAGAUACAAAUGACUGCCAGGGAAACAGGGAACCCCUUAGAGUUUGAAAUCAGAGAGGAAGCAUGGCUUGAUGCCAAAAAUGUCAAACUCAAGACCUUAAGCCCUAAGCUAACAGAACAAUGCUUAGGCCCAUUCAAGGUUACCAAAAAAAUCUCCAACCAUGCUUACCGGCUUGAACUCCCCCCAACAAUGCGUAUUCACAACGUCUUCUAUGUGGGACUUCUGUCUAAGGUUAAAAGAGAUGACAAGCGUGACUUUGAAAACCGCCCGCCACCAGUCACUGUGGACGGGGAGGAGGAAUACGAGGUAGAGGGGAUAACCAAUGCAGAAGAACGCAAUGGGAAAUGGUUUUUCCGGGUAAAAUGGAAGGGAUAUGGCUCCAAGGAGAACACAUGGGAACCCUGGGAGAACCUGAAAAACGCAGGGAAAAUUUUGAAGAAGUACAAGGAAGAAAUGAGAAAGAAGGCCCUUGGCGCUGCCAAGGCCCUUAGAGGGGGGCAGUGUUACGAGGAAAUGGCGGACUUGUGGACGCAGGAAUGGGUUGACAACAACAAAUGGGAACAGGUCCAAGAGGAUGACAAAGGAAUGGAAGGCGGCAAGAGUGGAGAUGAGGAGAACAAUGCAGCACUCACCGCAGAGGAGCCGGUCGAGUACAACGACAACGGACGGAUUAGUGCACGGUCAAAGGGCAAGGGCCCAGCCACCCACUAG